AUGGAGCCACCUGGGUCCCGCCAGCGUGGGGACGAGCCAAGCUGGUGGGGUAGUGCCCCCCAGUACCAGUAUAUGCCCUUUGAACACUGCACCAGCUACGGACUGCCCUCGGAGAACGGGGGCCCUCAGCACCGGCUCCGCAGGGAUGCAGGCCCCCGUCCCAACACCCGCCCCACACAGAUUUACGGCCAUCGCAAAGAGCAGAGCCCGGACACGGAGCAGGACUUGGAGAUGCCCAACAAGACGGGCUCCAGGGCCACCUUGGACAGCAAAGACGAGGAUCACUGUUCAAAGUGUCAAGGCUGUAUCCGCCGCUUGGGACGUGUGGUGAGAAGAAAAUUAGGGGAAGACUGGAUCUUUCUGGUGCUUCUGGGACUCCUCAUGGCCUUGGUUAGCUGGUGCAUGGAUUAUGUCAGCGCCAAAACCCUUCAGGUCUACAAGUGGACCUACCACCGGAUGCAGCCCAACGUGCCGCUGCAGUACCUGGCCUGGGUCACCUUCCCGCUUGUCCUCAUCCUCUUCAGCGCCCUCUUUUGCCACCUCAUCUCUCCCCAGGCUGUUGGCUCUGGCAUCCCUGAAAUGAAGACAAUACUCCGCGGGGUUGUCCUGAAGGAAUACCUCACUCUCAAGGCCUUUGUGGCCAAGGUGGUUGCCCUGACCGCGGGGCUGGGCAGCGGCAUCCCUGUGGGGAAGGAGGGCCCCUUCGUCCACAUCGCCAGCAUCUGUGCCGCUGUGCUCAGCAAAUUCAUGGCCGUGUUCUGUGGGGUGUACGAGCAGCCCUACUAUUACACCGACACGCUGACGGUGGGCUGCGCGGUGGGCGUUGGCUGUUGUUUUGGGACACCGCUUGGAGGAGUGCUCUUCAGCAUCGAGGUCACCUCCACCUACUUCGCCGUGCGCAACUACUGGCGAGGGUUCUUUGCAGCCACCUUCAGUGCCUUCGUCUUCCGCGUGCUGGCCGUGUGGAACAAGGAUGCGGUCACCAUCACCGCUCUCUUCAGAACCAAUUUCCGAAUGGAUUUUCCCUUUGACCUGCAGGAACUGCCAGCAUUUGCCAUCAUCGGGAUCUGCUGCGGCUUCCUGGGAGCUGUCUUUGUGUAUCUGCAUCGCCAAGUCAUGCUGGGUGUCCGAAAGCACAAGGCCCUCAGCCAGUUUCUUGCUAAGCACCGCCUGCUGUAUCCUGGCGUCAUUACCUUUGUCAUCGCCUCCUUCACCUUUCCCCCAGGAAUGGGUCAAUUCAUGGCCGGAGAGCUGAUGCCUCGCGAAGCCAUCAGUACCCUGUUUGACAACAACACGUGGGUGAAACAUGUAGGUGACCCCGAAAGCCUGGGCCGGUCUGCUGUCUGGAUCCACCCACAGGUCAAUGUGGUCGUUAUCAUCUUCCUCUUCUUUGUUAUGAAGUUCUGGAUGUCCAUCGUGGCCACCACUAUGCCCAUACCCUGCGGAGGCUUCAUGCCUGUGUUUGUGCUAGGAGCUGCCUUUGGAAGGCUGGUGGGAGAGAUCAUGGCCAUGAUCUUCCCCGAUGGCAUCUUAUUUGAUGGCAUCAUCUACAAGAUCCUCCCCGGGGGCUACGCAGUGAUUGGAGCAGCAGCACUGACCGGCGCAGUGUCCCACACCGUCUCCACAGCCGUGAUUUGCUUCGAAUUAACGGGUCAGAUCGCUCACAUCCUCCCCAUGAUGGUGGCUGUCAUCUUGGCCAACAUGGUGGCUCAGAGCCUGCAGCCCUCCCUCUAUGACAGCAUCAUCCAGGUCAAGAAGCUUCCCUACCUGCCUGACCUUGGUUGGAACCAGCUCAGCAAGUACACAAUCUUUGUUGAGGACAUCAUGGUGCGUGACGUGAAGUUUGUUUCAGCUUCUUGCACGUAUGGGGAGUUGCAAACCCUGCUGCAGACCACCACAGUCAAGACCUUACCACUGGUUGAUUCGAAAGACUCGAUGACCCUGCUGGGCUCCGUGGAGCGGUCGGAGCUGCAGGCCCUGCUGCAGCGCCACCUGAGCCCCGAGCGCAGGCUGCUGGCCGCCCGGGACCUGGCGCGCAAGCUGUCGGAGCUGCCCUACGACGGGAAGGCGCGGCCGGCGGGGGAGGCGCAUCUGGGCCUCUGGCCCCAGGGCCGCCGCGAGUCGUUCGCCUUCGUGGACGAGGAUGCAGACGAGGACCUCUCGGGGAAGCCCGAGCCGCCCCCUCCCGCGCCUGCUCACGCCUCUCCCACCGCCUCGCUGCCUCCAGAAGAGCCCAACGGGCCCCUGGCCGGUCACAAACAGCAGCCAGAGGGCCCCGAGCCUGCAGGUCAAAGACCCUCAGUCUUUCGGUCCCUGCUGCGCUGCCUGCUGGGCAGACCUCGGCCUCCGAAGAAGAAAGCCGCCCAGGAUUCAACGACUUUGGUGGAUAACAUGUCACCUGAAGAAAUUGAAGCCUGGGAGCAGGAGCAGCUGAGCCAGCCCGUCUGUUUUGACUGCUGCUGUAUUGAUCAGUCCCCCUUCCAGCUGGUGGAGCAGACAUCCCUGCACAAGACUCACACACUGUUCUCACUCCUGGGCCUCCACCUGGCUUACGUGACCAGUAUGGGCAAGCUCAGGGGCGUGCUGGCGUUGGAGGAGCUCCAGAAGGCCAUUGAGGGCCACACCAAGUCUGGGGUGCAGCUCCGCCCUCCCCUUGCCAGCUUCCGGAACACAACUUCAAUCCGAAAGAACCCGGGGAGCGCCCCUCCUCCUGCAGAAGCCUGGGGCCUGCCUGAGGGUGGAACUGAGGCUGCUGGAGCGGAAGAGGUAGCUCCUGCCUCCCCAGUGUCCCCGCCAUCCCCAGAGCCCCCUGGGUCCCUGCCUCCGGCCAAGGCGCAGGGGGAGCUGGAGGAGCUGGAGCUGGUGGAAGGCCCGGGGCCAGAAGAGGAGUUGGCUGACAUCUUGCAGGGCCCCAGUCUGCGGUCCACAGAUGAGGAGGACGAGGAGGAGCUGAUCCUUUGACACUCCCCGGGACCUCCUCAUGGACUGCCGAGACCCCUGGCCAGAGAGGGGCUUUGUGUGGACAGAGCACGUCCUGAAGAGAC